AUGGCAACUACAUCGUCCUUGUUACCAAAUCAUAAGUUCCGCAUCAAACUAUUGUUCUCCCUGAUUUUAAUCCUUCAUACUUUAGUGUUUGCCAAUUCAUCAAACUCAAAAUUCACAAAAUUCACAAGACACCCAAACUCCGAGUCAUCAUCAAGAAGAACCAAACACUCAACUUCUUCCAACGAUGGGUUUCUUAAUUCGGUCCAACGCAGCUUGGACCACGCUCUCUUAGCUCACUCUCUCGCCUUCAAUCUCACGCUUUCGCACCGCACCUCUCAAACCCUCAUGCUGGAUCCUAUGAACGACUGUCUUGAGCUGCUUGACGACACACUUGACAUGUUGUCACGUAUCGUCAACAAGCGUAACGAUCACGUCAAUGAUGAUGUCCAUACGUGGCUGAGCGCCGCGUUGACUAAUCAAGAGACUUGUAAGCAAAGCCUUAGUGAGAAAUCUAGCUUCAAUAAAGAUGGGAUCACGAUGGAUUCCAUUGCAAGAAACCUCACCGGCUUACUGACCACUUCACUAGACAUGUUCGUGUCUUCUAAGCAGAAACGUUCUUCUUCGUCUAGUGUAAUUGGUGGCCGGAAACUGUUGUCGGAUCAAGAUUUUCCGACGUGGGUUUCUUCGUCGGACCGGAAGCUUCUAGAAGCUUCGGUCCAGGAGCUGAGACCUCACGCGGUGGUGGCUGCCGACGGAAGCGGGACCCACAGGAGUGUAGCGGAAGCGUUGGCGUCUUUGGCGGAGGGGAGUGGCAGAAGCGUAAUUCACUUAACAGCCGGAACCUAUAAAGAGAACCUAAACAUUCCGACCAAACAGAAGAACGUUAUGUUGGUUGGUGACGGAAAGGGCAAAACAGUUAUUGUCGGUAGCAAAAGUAACAGAGGUGGCUACAAUACUUACCAAACUGCUACUGUCGCCGCCAUGGGAGACGGAUUUAUAGCUCGGGACAUAACAAUAGUGAACAGCGCGGGACCAAACGCAGAGCAAGCGGUAGCAUUACGGGUCGGGUCAGACAGAUCGGUGGUAUACCGAUGCUCACUCGACGGGUACCAAGACACACUCUACACUCUCUCCAAACGCCAAUUCUAUCGAGAAACCGACAUUUACGGCACCGUAGAUUUCAUCUUCGGAAACGCAGCCGUCGUUUUCCAGAGCUGCAACAUGGCAUCCCGGAAAGGCUCCUCGGAUCAGAACUACGUGACGGCGCAAGGACGCUCCGACCCGAACCAGAACACCGGGAUUUCGAUCCACAACUGCAGAAUCACCGGUUCGACCAAGACUUACUUGGGCCGGCCAUGGAAACAGUACUCGAGGACCGUUGUGAUGCAAUCGUUCUUGGACGGUUCGAUUCAUCCGUCGGGUUGGUUUCCUUGGUCGGGUGGUUUCGCUCUGAAGUCUCUGUUUUACGGAGAAUUCGGGAAUUCGGGUCCUGGGUCAUCGGUUUCGGGUCGGGUUAAUUGGGCCGGAUAUCACCCGGCGUUGACGUUGACUGAAGCUCAAGGUUUUACCGUUUCGGGUUUCAUUGGCGGGAACUCGUGGUUGCCGUCGACAGGUGUCGUUUACGAAUCUGGCCUUUUGUAA